GGCGGGCCGACCCUGCGCGACCAACAGCAGCAGCGCGGUGGUGGUGGUGGUGCGGGUGCGGGUGCGGGCGCCGUCGGCUCGCUGCCGGGGGAGGUGCUCAGCUUCACGGGGGUGGACGUGAGCGGCGACAUGCUCGGGGUGGCGCGCGACCGGGUGCGGGGCGCCGUGCCCGGGCUGGACCGGCUGAUGCGCCGGCGCCGUCUUGAGGACAUGCCGCGCCUGCGUGUCGAUGAGGUUGGGGCCGAGGGCGUGCCCGUCGUCGAUGCCCUGGACGGGCGCGUGCGGCUGGUGCUCGGGGAUGCGCUGCGCGGGUUGCCGCCGCCGCCGCCUCCUGCUGCGGUGCAGCCGCGUGCGGGGGGAACGGGAGGUGCUGGAGGGGCAGUGGUACCGGCGAUGGUUGCGGGAGCGCCGGCCAAGUACGACACCAUCAUCCAGACGUUUGGGCUGUGCAGCGUGGCGGACCCGGUGCGGCUGCUGGCCAACAUGGCGGCCAAGGUGCAGCCGGACACGGGGCAGAUCCUGCUGGUGGAGCACGGGCGCGGCAGCUACGACUGGAUGAACAAGCGGCUGGACAAGGCGGCGCACAAGCACUUUCAGAAGUUUGGGUGCUGGUGGAAUCGGGACAUCGAGCAGAUCGUGCGGGAGGCGGCCGAGGAGAUUCCGGGCCUCGAGGUGGUUGCCCUGAAGCGGCCACUGUGGUUCCAGGCCGGCACCACGCUGCUGAUCGAGUUGAAGGUCAAUAGCCAGGGUGGAAGUCAUGUUGACGAGAAGCCCGCAAGCACUGGUUAGUUCCGGGGUAACAGUGUACGGAGCUCAUUGUAUGAGUCUGGCUCACUUGUUGUGUAGAUUACCCAUGUACGACACUUCACUGAUAGACAGAGUUCAGAAAUAUAAAACGAACAAUCCGAGCUGUUGAGACCAA